UGCAUAAAUCUACUGCAAAGGUACUACUUCCGAGUGCAACGUCUGUCCCGUUAUUACACAGCGAUUUUGUUUCAGUGGGUGGCGUAUUCGUCACCGCUCAAGUGGGGUUUUUUUUCUUCUCCCCCCCUCCCUGCUUGCUUCGUGUUUUCUGUACUGGGAUGGCGAAAGAUCCGGACAAGAUUGGAGGCCUUCACCCUUAACAGGACUGACUGAUAGGGAGCCACCGACGCCGAAAACAGCCCGUGGCAAAGGAGAGGCAAACGGACAAGAUCAUGGGACACGGAGUGGACUAAACAGGAAAAUCAAAUAACACAUGCUAACUGUUUCCCACUGUGGUGUAGGACAUGGCCACAGCCUCGCUCAGAGCAGAGGCAAGCCCUAACUACAGAGGAACAUCACAGCUCCAUGCAGUUGUUUCCUGUGCCAAAAUCAAGAGGAAGAAAAGCUUAUUUGGAGUUGCCAUUUACGUGGAGGUGACAGCAGAGGGGGAGUCGCAUCGCACAGCGAAGUCCCACAGCUCAUCUAGUCCUAAAUGGGAUGAAAGGCUUACUCUGAAUGUAACACCACGCAGCCAGGUGGACUUCAAAGUAUGGAGUCACCACACCCUGAAAGCCGACGCCCUGCUAGGCAAAGCCUCGCUGGACCUGAUAGAAACCUUGGAGCAGCAUGAAAGAAAAUUGGAGAAUGUGAAGGAGGUGCUGAAGCUGAGUGUGGAGCACAAGGGCAUUUUGGUGCCUGCGGGGGAGCUUACGGUCUACCUGGAUGGUCUUACUGUCGCCGAUCAGGAGGAACUGGCACCAUUAACCAACGGGAAUACAGCAAAUGGCGCAAAAGUCCAGCAGAAUGGUGACGCCUUCCACGAAAAUGCAGAAUCCUCUUCCUCUUCAUCAAGGGCUGCCAACAGCACAGUGAAUGGGACAGACUUGGGCCCGCGCUCAGCUUCCUGUUCAGCCUCGAAUGGAUUGAAUAGUCAGGUGCCUUCCAGUUCCUGUAGCCCGGCCCUGGGUCACGUCAUCAAUGGCGAUGUCACUCCCAACUCCACACCGAGCCACCAACCCUCAGAUAGUGAUACGGAGAGUAGGACUCGUGAUGCGUUGCCUCAAGCAGAAAACGAUGAGGACUGUGCUCCAGAUGCUCUUCUCCCAGAGUCCGAUACAGCUCCAAAUGAGACGGCUCAGCCGCCACCAGCACAGGCUCCACCCUUGUCUUCUGCUGCCAAGCCGAAUGAUGGUGUUGUUGCCGCUGAUGCCGCCGCCACUGCUGCCUCUUCCACGUGCACUUCCUCAGCACACGGUGCCCCCGCCAUCCCGACGUCCUCAUCAUCAGUGUCCGCCUCGCCAACACAGGCAGAAACAAAUGCGUCAGCUGAGAGUGGGAGCAGUAGCAGCGCUGCAACAGUAACUACCGAUGGGGCCAAACCCAGACAGCAGGCCCCUGCAGCUGGGGCCCCAGAUCCUCUUCCACCGGGGUGGGAGCAGAGAAAAGACCAGCAUGGAAGAACAUAUUACGUAGACCACAACACAAGAACUACGACCUGGGAAAGACCACAACCACUUCCUCCAGGAUGGGAGCGCCGUGUCGAUGACCGAGGCAGGAUCUAUUACGUGGACCAUAACACCCGAACCACUACGUGGCAGCGUCCCACAAUGGAGUCCGUACGGAAUUUUGAGCAGUGGCAGAGUCAGCGCAGCCAGCUGCAGGGAGCUAUGCACCAGUUUAACCAGAGAUACCUCUACUCUGCAUCCAUGAUGUCUGCUGAGAACGAUCCACUAGGCCCACUACCUCCUGGUUGGGAGAGGCGUGUGGACUCCAAUGACAGAGUAUACUUUGUCAACCACAACACCAAGACAACACAGUGGGAGGACCCCCGAACCCAAGGGCUACAGAAUGAGGACCCUCUACCUGAGGGUUGGGAGAUCCGCUACACAAGGGAAGGUGUUCGAUACUUCGUCGAUCAUAACACCAGAACAACGACAUUUAGCGACCCCCGCACUGGAAAGUCCUCUGUCACCAAAGGUCCACAAAUUGCAUAUGAGCGCAGCUUCCGGUGGAAACUUGCCCAUUUUCGCUACCUGUGCCAGUCAAAUGCCCUCCCGAGCCAUGUGAAGAUCACCGUCUCCAGACAGACGUUGUUUGAAGACUCAUUCCAGCAGAUUAUGGCCCUGAAACCUUACGACUUGAGGCGGAGACUUUACGUCAUUUUCCGAGGCGAGGAGGGUCUUGAUUAUGGCGGCCUAGCCCGGGAGUGGUUCUUCUUGUUGUCGCAUGAGGUGCUGAACCCCAUGUACUGUCUGUUUGAGUACGCUGGCAAGAGCAACUACUGCCUGCAGAUCAACCCAGCUUCUGCAAUCAACCCGGACCACCUCUCAUAUUUCUGCUUCAUCGGCAGAUUUAUUGCAAUGGCACUUUUUCAUGGAAAGUUCAUCGACACAGGCUUCUCCCUGCCUUUCUACAAACGGAUGCUCAAUAAGAAGCUCAUCCUCAAAGAUUUAGAAUCCAUCGACCCAGAGUUCUAUAACUCGCUUAUAUGGAUCAGGGACAACAACAUUGAGGAGUGUGGUCUGGAGAUGUAUUUCUCAGUGGACAUGGAGAUCUUGGGCAAAAUCACAUCCCAUGACCUCAAACCUGAUGGCACCAAUGUCCUUGUCACUGAGGAGAACAAGGAGGAGUACAUCAGUUUAAUGGCAGAGUGGAGGUUCUCCCGUGGAGUUGAAGGUCAAACCAAAGCUUUUCUGGAUGGGUUUAAUGAGGUGGUUCCACUUCAGUGGCUCCAGUAUUUUGAUGAAAAGGAGCUGGAGGUGAUGCUAUGUGGCAUGCAAGAGGUGGACUUACAGGACUGGCAGAGGAACACGGUGUAUCGCCACUAUACCAGGAACAGUAAACAGAUCAUCUGGUUCUGGCAGCUCGUGAAAGAAGUGGACAACGAAGUGCGUCUGCGCCUCAUGCAGUUUGUCACUGGAACCUGCAGGCUUCCGCUGGGCGGCUUCGCUGAGCUCAUGGGAAGUAACGGGCCUCAGAAGUUCUGCAUUGAGAAGGUUGGCAAGGAAACAUGGCUUCCCAGGAGCCACACAUGCUUCAACCGUCUGGACUUGCCCCCUUACAAAAGCUUCGAGCAGCUCAAAGAGAAACUCCUCUUUGCCAUCGAGGAAACAGAAGGAUUCGGACAAGAAUAGACAAAGCGCACCUCCCACAGUUUCCUCCUCCGCCCUCCUCAUCACUGAUUGUUUGACCGAAAUCAAUCAAGUAAUUGCACAAGAUAACCACCGAUGUAUCUAAGCUAUUUUUCAGUUUUAACCAAAUCUUAAUUUGCAGCAUUAUUCUUGCCGCAGUCUUGUUUUACCAGACCUUUAAUAUAUGGAGCCCCCGACAAGAAAUAUGCAAGCUACCCUAGCUUUUUGAUCUUGUUUAAAAAUGCAGAAAACACGGAUAUUUUCAAGAUGAAACCCCCUUAAAGCUUUCAAGAAAAGACUGUGUUUUGGGACAUGAUUUAUUGUGAAGCUCUAGUUCUAUAGAGCUUUUAAGUAGUAGUAGUAGUAGUCUGGUGCCUAUUAUCACUGAAACUAACCACCACUCAUAAUUCAUUAAAACGGCAGAUUUAAACAAAUAAUAAUAAACACACCUGUAAAAUGUUUGUGCUUUAAAAAUGGCCUGUACCAUCCAGUGAACAAAUUAAAAUAUAAUGUUGGUGGAUUCAAUUAAAAGUAAUUUGGUUUCACCCUUGAAACUACGGUACAUUAACAAACAAAGCAGAUUAGCUCAUAGUGUUCAGUACAGUGGCUUGUGGUGGGGUUCUGGGUUCAAAUUGUACAGGAUGUUUUAUUUUGAUUUGCUAACUAAAUAUUAUUCAGGAGAGUGACGUAGAGAUUUUUUUUGGGGCACUCUACCUUUGUUCCCCCCUGAAUGGCUACCUCCAACUGCUGAGGCGAACUGCCAUCAUACACACACACUUGGCCUCAUGUUGAAUACAACAGAAAGUACCCAUUAAAAAAAUGCUCACUUUCUGGUGACUUAUUGAAAGUGUUGCAGGUUCACGGUGACAUGUUCCUGCCCGUCUCGGUUGCAGUGAGGCGGGAUGACAUGCUGAGUCAUCAGUGGGCUAGAACAGAGGUUUUGAAUUUUUUUUCCCCCUAGGUUCCAGCGACAAGGUGCUGUAAAUUAUUUCAUUAACUAAAAAAGAUGCAGCACUAAAAAAAACAUAACAUUUCAAGUCCAAAUGUGUACACAUGGAACACAGACCUUUUCAUACCACAAGUAUUAAGUGGGUAUUUGUUAAAGUUCUCAUGGAGAAUCUAAUCUACAAGCUGUGAGUGUGCUUUUGGGCCAGGCUUCAAGCCGUAAAUUCUUUUCUGGCUUCACUUCUAACCCCUUCCCCAUAAGUUUUAUUUUAUGCAUCAUUUAGUACCCCAAGAUGUAAAGAAAACAGUCCAGUUGGCUCAAAGUGACAUAUGAACUUUGCAAUUUGUCGGCAGCCGUACCCAAAAUCCAUUCGCUUCCCAAAAUUCCACCGCUUGUCCUCACUUCACUUUGAAAAAUACAGGUGCUUUUUUUGUUGGGUGGUCUAAAUUAAGACAGAAAUUUAUGUUGGAUCAAGAUGCUUUUAGUUUUUUUUUUUAUAAAGUUGUUUAUACCAGAUCUAGCUUGCGCUGGAAAGGAUGGAUGAUAUUACGGAGGAAACGUUAUUGUAUUGUAGCAAAAGGAGCCGACUUUGAAAACUGUGCUUCCUUUUUCGAUCGCAGACCUGUAAUCGAAGCAAAUCCGAAACUGUGUAUGUGAAUACUCAUUGUAUAAAGAUAAUGACAGAUAGCAUACGUAGAUAUUAUUAUAAAUCACAGGGCCGCCAUUCCAGUGUUGGGAAAUCUGUGAUGCCUUUUGUUUCAUAUCAGAAAUAGACCGGGAGCGUUUCGGGCGGCCUUCAAGGCAGGAAGUGCCAAGCGCGCCAGCUGCAGCGUAGGCCGUCUGAAAGGCAACCCGAUUGUAACAUAUCGCGUGUAGAUACACACUGUAAACAACUACUACACUGUACAGAAUGGCCCUUUACCGGUGUAUAGAGGAUUCAUUUUUAAAUCAGCUUUCAGCCAUUUGAAAUGGAGAGAUGGAUUUAUGAGAUAUAAAUAAAUACGUGAAUGACUCCCUU